GGACAACCGGUCUCCGAGCUCCUCCCUCUCUGCUGCUGUAGCCGCCCACUCGCUGUACUCCGCCGCGUAGUUGCUCUGUCUUUCGCUGGAGAUCAAGAACGCCGGAGUACUCUGAACCAGCAAGCAGCCAUGGCAGAAAACGCCGGCUUGGAUAACCACCGUAUCAAGAGCUUCAAAAACAAGGGACGCGAUGUCGAGACUAUGAGAAGACAUCGAAAUGACGUGACAGUCGAGCUGAGGAAGAACAAACGAGACGAGCAUCUCCUGAAGAAGAGGAAUGUCCCACAGGAGGACAGUCUGGAGGACUCCGACUUCGACUCCGACUUCAAAGGGCAAAACGUCACACUAGAGGCGAUCUUACAGAACGCCACCAGUGAUAAUGCUGUGGUCCAGCUUAGUGCCGUACAGGCUGCCAGAAAACUCCUCUCCAGUGACCGAAACCCUCCCAUUGAUGACUUGAUAAAGUCUGGCAUCCUGCCCAUCUUAGUCAAAUGUCUGGAGAGAGACGACAAUCCGUCUCUUCAGUUUGAGGCAGCCUGGGCCCUGACCAACAUAGCGUCUGGCACGUCACAACAGACCCAGGCUGUGGUCAAGUCCAAUGCUGUUCCCCUGUUCCUGCGUCUGCUCCACUCUCCCCAUCACAAUGUGUGUGAACAGGCUGUGUGGGCGCUAGGCAACAUCAUAGGCGACGGGCCACAGUGCAGGGAUUACGUCAUCUCACUGGGUGUGGUCAAGCCCCUGCUGUCCUUCAUUAACCCCUCCAUCCCCAUCACCUUCCUCCGUAACGUCACCUGGGUCAUUGUCAACCUCUGUCGCAACAAGGACCCACCGCCCCCCAUGGAGACAGUACAGGAGCUUCUCCCAGCGCUGUGUGUUCUUAUAUACCACACAGAUAUAAAUAUCCUUGUGGACACGGUGUGGGCUCUGUCCUACCUGACAGACGGUGGGAACGAGCAGAUUCAGAUGGUGAUAGACUCUGGCGUGGUCCCCUUCCUUGUCCCCCUGCUCAGCCACCAGGAGGUCAAAGUUCAGACGGCUGCUCUGAGGGCGGUGGGGAAUAUUGUGACUGGGACAGACGAGCAGACACAGGUGGUGCUCAACUGUGACGUCCUCUCCCACUUCCCCAACCUGCUCACACACCCCAAAGAAAAGAUCAACAAGGAAGCAGUGUGGUUCUUGUCCAAUAUCACGGCUGGGAACCAGCAGCAGGUCCAGGCAGUGAUCGACGCAGGACUCGUCCCCUUGAUCAUCCACCAACUGGCCAAGGGGGACUUUGGCACUCAGAAGGAGGCAGCAUGGGCCAUCAGCAACCUCACCAUCAGCGGCAGGAAAGACCAGGUGGAGUACCUGGUGCAGCAGAAUGUGAUCCCUCCGUUCUGCAGCCUGCUGUCAGUGAAGGACUCCCAAGUGGUUCAGGUGGUCCUAGAUGGCCUCAAGAACGUCCUUAUCAUGGCCGGGGACGAGGCCAGCACCAUUGCUGAGAUCAUAGAGGAGUCUGGAGGUCUGGAGAAGAUAGAAAAUCUGCAGCAACAUGAGAAUGAGGACAUCUACAAAUUAGCCUUCGAGAUCAUCGACCAGUACUUCUCAGGCGACGAUAUUGAUGAGGAUCCUAGUUUAAUUCCUGAAGCCACCCAAGGGGGGACCUUCAACUUUGACCCCGCCUCCAACCUGCAGACGAAGGAGUUCAAGUUCUAGGAGCCGGUCCAUCAAGCAGCACGGGUACUGUCAAACCCACCUCAGACAUUCAUCCACCUAUCUCUCCACCAAACUGGCAACUUGCUACAGAAGGAUUGUACACACCUGCUAUUACUUCAACAUGGUCACCCAUCUUGCAAUUGAAGGAUUCACCCACCGCCACCACCGCUACAAUACUCCACCUCUGUACUGAAGGAUCCCUAACAACUACCACUAUUCAUCACAACCUGGUAACCCAGACGGGUCCAGGUAAUUCAUCCAGCACCAAUACAAUCUGAUCUCAGGCAGUCGUAGCCGAUGCUUUGAAAUGUCAUGUGAAAAUCAUAUGGACGGAAGAAAAAGCCUGUUGGGGCAAUAUUUUAGAAUUGCCAAAUAUCACGAUCUACACGUACACACGCACAAAAACACCGUUGAAGACACUUGG